AUGGGACAAUUGACUGAACAACAUAUUCGAGUUCGUGCUAAACCAUUCAUUGUCGAAGUCGAUCAACAAGGAAAUAAUACAGAACAAAAAAUAGAUACAAGUUCAAUUAUCGAAAAAGGAUCUGUACCAGAAUUUAAAAUUAUACGUGAACCACUUGAAGGUGAUCCAAAUUUUUUAAUUAUGGAUGUUCAAUUACCUAAAGUGAAAUCUGCUAAAACAUUGACACUUGAUAUUGGUAUUGAUCGUAUUAUAUUAUCUACACGUUCAAAUGUUUAUGAUUUGGAUAUAUGGUUACCAAUUGAUAUUGAUUCCGAUGAAUGUGGUGCACAAUUUGAUAAAGCUACACAUAUUUUAACAAUAACAAUGCCUGUUAAACAUGAUACAACAUAA